AUGGCCCCUCUCACCUGCUCUUUUGGCGGGCCUUCUUUGUCGCCGUCGCCGCUGCUCCUCCUGCUGCUGUUUCUCUCGUUGUCCAGAGUUCGAGGUGAGGCGGGGUGUGAGGUAGGAAUUCCUUUCGGUCAUGCCUUGCCUUGCCUAAAAGACGGAAAAUCUGGCACCUUAAAUGUUGUCUGAGGGCUAAGCAAGGCUUUCUCAGGGAUGGGGAGAAGUCCAACUCCUCCCACCACUCAGUGAUGGCCAAACUUGGGCCUCCAACUCUUUUGGGACUACAACUCCCAUCAAUCCUAGCUAACUGGACCAGGGGUCAGGGAUGAUGGGAAUGGUAGUCCCAAAACAGCUGGCGGGUCAAAUUUGGCAGCUGCUAGCAUUAUCUAUCAGAUGAGCUGCCGGCCUCUUGUGUUGUUUUGGAGAGCUUAAGCGCAAGAAAGCCACUUUCUGUGUAUAGACUGAGAGGCCAGUUACUUCAAAACAUGUAAAUUUAGGGCAUCAAAAUUCACUAAAAGUUAAGGGUGUCCUUUUCUUGUUGCCUUCAAAACUUCCUAAAAGAAUAAAGUGUGCAGCACUGAGGGUAAAUGUGGUUGUUGUAUAUACCACCUAUCUUCAGAUAUGAGGAUUAUACUUUAAUUCUUGAAAAGCUGAAGGCCGUAAUAUGGCAAAAUAUACAUUUGUUAGGGCCAACCAAAAGGUCGCCAGCAAGGUUUCAAAUGAGCUAGGAUAUUUGUUGGGGAUUUGUCAUGAAUGCAACCCAGGAUUGGAGGAAGAAAACAUGGACUUCAUAUGAAUCUGCAAAAUUAUACAUUAGUUUCAUCUACUCAAGAUCCCUCAAGAAUACAACACAUUCAAAACAGGCUCUGCGGGGAUAUAGUUAUAAAAAGUAGUUGCUAUAACUAGAUGGCCAGUCUGCUCACACAGAGGAAUGGAUAGAACUGGCCAGUGCUCCUUCGUUUUCCAAGGUUUUUGCCCCAAAAUUGCCUGUUCCUAUGAUUUUUGUACUUUGGGUCUGACUCUUGAUAACAUGGGAUGUUGGAUCACCUUCCAGCCUUACUCGGGUGCAUUUAAGCAAACGGGUACAACUGUCCUUAAAAAUGGUAUUCUUCCAAAGAAAGCUGUUCUGCAAUGUCAUCUUUCUGGGAAUGCUCUCUUACUUACUCUGCUAUUUUAAGUCCCAUUUAUUUAAGAUAGCCACCAUUAAUUGGACCUGUUCCCUCCUUGCAUCCUUUGCACAGAGCUCACAUUUAUUCAAAAUUUAUAGUUAUUCAGACAGUUUUGAACUGGUUACAUCACAAAUAAUAAUAUUGUGUGAUAGUUCCAUCCAUAUGUUCCUUCCUUCCAUUUUUUGGGGCAACGAUCAUUUGGGCAGCUGUGGUAGCAUACAUAAAUAGUUUUUUUUCCUGUUCAGUAGGUACUUCUCCACCAAUUAUACCUUAAAGAAUAGCUGCUGUUUUGUUUUUGUUUUUUGCAAAGUGUGAUUAAAAAAAUAAUAAUCAAGGAUAGAGAUGCAGUUUUGUUCUUCAUCACUUCUGGGUUUCUAACACAGCUCAAAGAAGAGUAAUGUAACCAUCAUAGAUGUCCUAUGAAACAUACGAUUCUCAAGCAAAAUGUCUUUUUUUGUUUGUUUUUCAUCUUUUCCACGCUAAUGGUAGAAGGCUAGAUCUCCCUUUGUCUUGGAUGUGACACACGGAGAUUUGCCUUUGUGUGCAGAAAUUGAAAGUUGCUUUGUUGAGGAUUUUGGAUUACAACAGGAAAAUAAAGAGAAGAAAAUUAAAAAUAUUUCGCACAGAAGCACAAUGGACUAACCCACUUGCUAAACUAAUUCAGAGACUGAGGGAGGUGAGCCUCCAUUAUCUUAUUUUGAUAUACCGGUACUUUACAUUUGCUGUUUUAUUCGGCAAAUCUCUCCUGAAAGACUGAUGUUUGAAAUGCAAGCGGGAUUGAAAGAAUAUCUUGUUAUUGUCAUCGUCAUGGUUUAACCACAAAAUUGACUGUGAAAUUUUGACUUUGAUUCUGGCAACAAUCCUCAAUGGAAUGAUAAAAAGAAUUAUUGAUGGGAGUUAUGGUGUUUUGCUGAGGCAUCAGCUUGUUAGCAGCUGGAACGAGAUCACGGAAGGGAAUUUUGGAUAUCUGACCGGUGUUAAUGGUGGAAGGCUAGACCUCCCUUUGUCUUGGAUGUGAUGCGCUGAGAUUUGCUGUUGUGUGAAGAAACCGAAAGUGAGUAGCUGAGGACUUUUGAUUAUAACAGGAAAAUAAAGAAUUCACAUAGAACUACAAUAGACUAAUCCACUUGCUAAACUAAUUUGGAGGCUGUUAAAAAAAAAAAAAAAGGAUCAACAUUGGAAAUGUUUUAUUUGGACUAUUUGGACUAAUUAAGAAAUGCAGUAUGAGAUUAGAUCAUCACCCCCUGAACUUCAGAGCAUGGGAAGCCACCCAAAAGAUAUAAUUUGGCAUUGAAUAUUUGGUUUUUUUGAUUGUAUUAUAAUUUGGAAUGUUUUAAUGUGGUUUUUAUUGGAUUGUUAAAAUGGAAAAAUUAAUAAAUAUUAUUUUUAAAAAAUAGAAUUACAUGUAAUGGUAGGCAGCUGUGUCCUAUGCAUUCUUUUGUCUUAUGGUUUUCCCCCUUAUGUUUUGUACUGCCUUGGCUAAAUCUCUCCAAAGUAAAUCUUUUUAUAUAUGUAUGUAAAUUUUAUAUAUUGUACACCAAAUAUGAUUAAAACAAAACAACUUGGACAUUUUGCAGUAAAGAACAUGAUAGGAAAUUAUCUUUGAUACAGUGUCGUAUAGCCUCUCCCCAAACAAAUCAGGAUGAAUGCUCAAAAAGGGCCGGAAAUGGCCUUGGUGUCCGAUUCCUUUCAUUUUAAAGUAUGAAGGCUGCAUGUGCUAAUGCUUGUUCUGACUUUCCUGUUAGGAAGGCGAUGUCCUACAAUAAGUUUAGAGAAUGGCAGAAUCGUAAAAUCAAAGGACUUGCAGCUAGGUGAUGAAAUAACUCUAGGCUGUAAGAAGGGGUGAGUUGUACCCCUUCUUUUGGACCUACUUGGCUUUGUUUAUAAAGGUAAAGGACCCCUGACAGUUAAGUCCAGUUGCAGAUGACUCUGGGGUUGCGGCGCUCAUCUCACUUUACAGGCUGAGGGAGCUGGUGUUUGUCCGCAGACAGUUUUUCCGGGUCAUGUGGCUAGCAUGACUAAGCCGCUUCUGGUGCAACGGAACACCGAAACCAGAGCAGCGCAUGGAAACACCAUUUACCUUCCUGCUGGAGCGGUACCUAUUUAUCUACUUGCACCUUUUGGCAUGCUUUCAAACUGUUAGGUUGGCAGGAGCUAGGACCGAGCAACGGGAGCUCACCCCGUUGAGGGGAUUUGAACCGCCAAACUUCUGAUCAGGAAGCCCAAGAGACUCAGUGGUUUAGACCAAAGCGCCACCCACGUCCCUUGGCUUUGUUUAGAACUGAAAUAAAAAAUGGAAGAGUGACUGUGGUCCAGCCCGUGAACACAUACAGUAUAACAGUUGUGUAAAGUUUGUAUGUGAUCCUGCAUACACUCUGGUGGGGAGUAGCAGUAGUAAAUGUGGGGCUGACAAUGCCUGGCAACCUCCUGCUCCAGAAUGUGUUAAGAGUAAGUAUCUUACUACUACACUUAAAUGGGUUCCUUGGGAGGAAGCACAAGGUAUAAAUUCAUAAAUAAAUGUCAGAGCUAUUGUGUUGCAGAAUCCUUAUUUCUUUGCUCUCUUUUCUGCCAGCUACCACACCAACUGCCCCAACAGCUGCCCCCACCAUCAAACCCAGAAACACAACUCUUACCCCAGGUGAGUUAGAAAAUGUGACUUUAAUAUCUCAGAUUUAAGUCAGGAUUAUCUUACUCCAUGUAUGCUAAUAGGAUAUAUAAGAUUUCAUAAUGAAACCUCUUGGUGGCAGCAUGGAUGGGGCUCUGUUGUUUUCCUGACUUCUUGGGUCACAGCCACUUACCAAGAAGGGGGAGGAGUGAGGAGAGGGGAUCACUGCAUCUGGUGGACGUCACUCCUCCUCCUCCAGUAGCAACCCAUGAUAUUGGUUAGUGAUUUCGCCCUUUCACCACCUGCUCCACCUGCCCGGGCCAGUGACUCACUCAUUGUUCCUGCUGGGGCCGCCUGCCAUAUUGUUUUUCUCCUUCAUCCACACCCCCUGCCAUAUUGACCCACAAAAGAAAGCCUGCAGUUUUGAAGUGCAGUCUUCCUUCUUUUGGUGGUGGCAGCAAUGUGGGCAUGGUAGUGAUUUCUUCUUUGGGCCACUUGUUGGCUUUGCUCACUCCACCAGCCUACUCAGAGUUUUCUCUCCUUCAUUCUGUCCUGUCUCCUGCAUCCACACUGCUAGUGGCGGCAGCAGUAAUGGUCAUCCUUGAAGGGAAACUCCCCAGCAAAGUAGAAAUCUUAUAUCAAAUAGAUGGAAAGCUUUUUAAUCUGAGUAGGCUGAAAGCAAAGAGUUAGGUUACCGUAACUUCCUUGACUGCCCACGUGCACUCAGUCACCAGCUGGAUGAUGGACAAAUCCAAUAUAGUAUUAGAGAGAAAAUACAGAUAAAAUCAGAUGUUGAAAUAAAGUUGGACUAUCAAAAAAUUCAAAAUAUAAAUAACAACAGCAAUUUAUUUUUCAUUUAAAAAACUAUUUUAACUUCCUAAAGCUGAGUCCAAAGACAGUGUCCUGAGACCAUGUGGCACCUUAUAUGGACUUUCCUGGUUCUUAAUUUUGAGAGAAGGAGUAAGGGCAGUUGUAGUCAGCACUUCAAAAUCUCUUUACACAGGUGGUCCAAAACCACCAACUACUGAAGACGGAGGAGAGGGCGCCGUAGACCCCGGACCAGGUAAGCAUUUGCUUUUCACUGUUAUUGGUGGAUGCAUUUUAAGAAGUGGGGGGGGGGAGCAAGAAUUGAGUUUAUGGAUAGAACCAGAGUGGAGGAAAUGGACUCUUGUCAAUAUUUACAGAGAUAUGUCAGCAGAGAGAGGAUUAAUUUUAUUAGAAGAAUAUCAUGAGGAGACUUGGGUACAUGGUAGUGCUGUAGUAGUUUUGAGACACUGGAAUUAUACACCGUAAGAGCAACCUGUAACAGAAUGUUGUGAUGUGUGGCCUUCCUUCUGAACUGUGCCUAUUCAGAAUUUAGCAAGCUAUUUCCCCCAGUCAGUGCAUUCCAUUUCCUUUGCCCGAUCCCACAUUCUGUUUUUGUUUUCGAACUGUCACACUGUUCAGCUAUUCAGCAAGGCCAAAAUUGUCUAUUUAUUGAAAUUUCAAACCCUCAUAACUCAAAAAUAAGAGGAGAUUUUUAAAAAGAUUUAAACUUAGUUUUGAUCAUUCGAUAAGUGUACAAAAUAUGAAGCAAAUUGGAUGACAUGAGGUAAAGAAGUUGGAUCACUUGAUAUGAAAUGACCCUUAAAAAAUAAUUGUGAUAGAAGGUCUGGUCUUUAUUCUCUUUUCUUUUUCUUCUUCUUUUCCUUAAUUUUCUUCAUUUACUUAUUCUUACUACUUUCCUAUUUGUGGGGCUUUUUGCUGUUUUAGAUGCUAGAGAGUCCUUAAGCUCUGCCUGGCUUUCUAUUAAUUGUGUAACUUAUGGAAUGCUAUUCUUUGUACUAAGACAUGUCUUUUAUUGUAUAAGUAUUCAGACAAGCUUUCCAGUUUUCUUUGCUUUCUUUUAAAAUUUUCUAAAUUGCUUUUCAUAAAUUCCAAUGCAAUGUUUUAUGAACUGGUGGGGCUGGUGCUGUGAUUUUUUUUAUUAUUAUCUAUAUUUCAAUAGCUGUCUCUCAGAGACAGUUAUAUUAGUGUUAAUUGUUUUUACAUGACUUUUUUUAGCUGUUACUAUUUUAUCUGUAAGUUGCCUAGACUCCCUGUCUGGGGGAAAAAGCAUGACAUAAAUAAAUAUAAAAUUAACAAACCCCCCCUCUUUUUAUAGGACCAGGUCCAGAGACAACGCUUCCUCCAGACGAUAUAGGUACAGUUGAAAAGUGGUAGUGACAGCAAAUUUAUAAGCUUGUUUUUAGAUUCGGUAUUGCACUUCUAAUGAAUAUGGCAGCUUUUUAAAAAUAGGAAAUGGUUUUGAGCUGAGAAUGGGAAGUUGCCUUCUACCCAGACAGUUGGUAGCUUGCUCAGUAUUAUCAACUCAGACUGGUAGCAAGUCUCCAGGUUUUCAGACAGGGGACAUCCUGGGCGCUACCUGGAGAUGCUGGGCAGUGAACCUGGGACCUUCCAUAUAUAAAUAUUCAUUCUUAUGUAUUUAUCUGUCUUGUGACUACCCUUCCUCUGCAUUGGGGAGGACUCAUUAAUCUGAUCCGCCCCCCUGAGACUUAAUGGAAUUUGAUGGAUUCCUCUGGGGCAUUUUGUAGUAGGCAGCCAACAGUCCUCCUAAGACCUUAAUCUCACAUUGGAAUAGGAAGAUGCAGUGGGCUUUUCACAUGAUUGCCCCUGUAUACCUUCUCUGUCACUGUUGAGCCCACUUUGCUCCCUGGUUUUCUGCAGUACUUGCAGCACUGAAGCAGGCUGGAGUGCAAGAGAUGUAAGGCUCCAUAUGAAGUUAACCAGACACAUGUUGGAGUGUAUGGCAGUGAAAGCUACAAAGGCUUUUUUUGCUGUUUCCAUGGCAUCCUUAAAUAAUUGUUCAGAGCUUUUUGGAGUGUUGUAGGAAUAACUGUCAUAUAUUGCAGUUGGAGAACGGCUGAGACAAAUUUGCAAAGCAUUUUGAGAAGAAAGCCACCUGUAUUUUUGCUGCCUUGAAUGCUACUAUUACUGAAGUACCAAAUGAGGUGAUCAGUGCCCAGUCUUAACCCAGUUUUAUGGGACCAGUUUUAUUUUUGUGGCCUGAGGACAUGGACCAGAUACUUGUAGCUGUCCAACUCACAACCUGAUUUAUCAACCCUUGCUCAUUAUGGUUUAUUUGAGCUAGCUGAGAGGUACAAUAGAGUAUGUUCAGGGCCUGGUGAAUCCAUCUCUGCAUAAGCUGGUAAUGCAACCACAUUAAGAAAAUCCUGGACCUGGUAUCACAUCUCAGUCAUUCCUGGAUUCAACUUCAGGUAGUUUGCCCUCAUCCAAACCAUCACUGCCUCCAGACAAUGAGUACUCCUUUUGGCAUUAUCAUUAGCAUUAGAAGAAAAACCCUUUGGUUGCUAGCAAGCACCUUUCACUAGUUUGGGCUAGUGCCCCAACUAUGCUCUUACAUGGACAGGAUCUUACCUCUGUGGAUCGCACAUUGGCAACCUCACAUCUGGAGUGCUGUCAUAUGCUUUGUGUGGGCUUUCCCUUGGGAUUGCUCUGGAAGUGGCAACUAGUGCGAAACACAGCAGCAAGAGCACUGAGUGAAGUAGCCUGUUGUGCAAACGUUAUACCUGUGUGAGCAACUCCUUGGAUGGCAAGUGGCAAGGGUCUGUAGACACAAUCUCUUCGGAGUGUUCCAAACAAUGCUAUGGAGCUCCCUGGUACUGUGGUGACCUGUGGACUAGGAAACAGGACUGCAAAUAACUGGAGAUAAAUUUCACUCCAAGUCCUCCUGAGCACAGGUAACCACACAUAAUUUCUGCAUGUACUGCAAACUCAAGCCACCAACCAACAGAACUCUUCAGGUAGAGGAUACUUUGUGACCAACAGUUGACAACAUAAAAGAUAGGAGAGUGUGGAUAAUGAGGUAAAGGAAUUUAUGUAUAUGCAGUUAAGCAAGAAGUAAAAAGAACUGUCUUGGAGUGCUGGUAACAGGACUACUGUAUAAAAAUAGAAAAUGAUGUAAUUGAAAUGAUGUAACUGAAAACUUUUAAAAAAAAGGAUUGAGUUUGAUACCAUCAAACUUGAUAUCCUCCUGGAUUGGUUCCAUAGGAUGGGUAUGGAGCACAGUUUUACAGUGGCUCCAAUCCUAUCUCCCAGGCCUGUUCCAAAGAGUAGCACUGGGGAAGUACCCUUCAGCCCCCUGGCACCUGUGGAGUUUUAUGGGGCAUGAUUUUAUCCCCAGUGCCUGGCACAGUGGUGAACUCGAUGAUGGCUAAUAAACUGAACAUGAAACCUGGUAAGAUGGCAAGUCUGCAGGUGAACAGAUCCUGAGACUGGGAAACAGUUCAGUUGCUUGUUCUGAAUGGGGUUGGACUCCCUCUAAAGAAGCAGGUAUGGAGCUUGGGGUGCUAUAGGGGUGCUAUUUGUGUAACCAGGGGGCCAAAUGGGUUCGGUGGCUAGGAGUGCCCUUCUCUUGACUUCAGCUGGAUACAGUUCUUGGGUAAUUUAGUAUGGUACAUCAGGCAACAUGCUCUGUAUGGUGUUUCCUUUUUAAAUAUUUUUAAUAAAGUUUUCUUGGUUUACAAAGGUAUGCGCAAUGUCUCUUUAAUAUUGGGUUUAGAAGCUGUAGCUAGUAAAGAAUGCUGCUAUAAAGCUGCUGAAGGAGGUGCCCAUGGACAGUACCUAACAUCUGUGCUGAAAGCUGCACUGACUGCCAAUAUGCUGCUGAGCCAGGUUUAAAGUCUUGUUAUUGGCAUGUACAGCCCUGAACAAUGUGGAACCAGGAAACCCCUUACCUUGUAUAUUACUGCCUGGACAUUUUGACCCUCAGGAGAUGCACUCUCAGUAGUGCCAUGUCCUCCUGAGGUUCAUCUUACGUCCAGUAAGACCAGGGACUUUAGUGUGGCAGCGCCUGCCCUUUCGAUUCUGCUUCAAGUGAACAUCAGGCAGGCUCCAGCUUUCUUGUCAUUUAGGCACUUGCUUAAAGCUUGCCUAUUCACUUGGCCUUUGCUUGGGAGGUGAUUCAGCUGUGUUGCUAUAUUAACUUUAUCUACUGAUUUUGAAUAUAUUUUACAAUUGUUUUAUGGCUGUAAGACACUUAAAGAUACAUUUGUAUGUGUAGGCUUUCCUGACUAGAUAUUACUCUAUUUCAGAUUCUGUGUAUAUCUCUGACAUAGUUUAUUGUUUGCUGUUGAUUUUAUAAAUGUAUAUUUUAAUACUUACAUUACUUGAUAUGUUUCUAACAUUUCCAUAAACUGCUUUGGGAUGAUUUGAAUCACUAAAGUAAGUGAUUUAGAGGAACAAAUUUGGAAUGUACAGUUGUACCUUAUUUUAUGACCUGGAUCUUUCCGGAGUCCCGGAUGCUAGACAAAAAGUACGCACGACAAAGCGCCACUCUGCACAUACACAGGGAGCAUUUGCACUUCUGUGCAUGCACAAUUUAGUACUUCUAUGAAUGCGCGAGUGGCAAACCCGGAAGUAACCCAUUCCAGUACUUCCGGGUUUGCCGCGGACGUUUGACGAAACGGACGCUCGACGAGGCAGACUCAAAACGAGGUACCACUAUAUGUGAAAUUUUUAAAAGUGGGAAACCCAUUUCUUGGUUCCAGUGAAAUUCAGUCUUCUGUUGUGUACUGGAGUAGAUUAACUCCAGUUAUUAGUUGUACUAUAUUUUAUUCAGUGUGUGACACACACAAAUGCAUACAUGUAUAGAAAGAGAGAGAGCACGCUACGAUCUGUAACAAUUACGAUACAUCACUUCAAAUUUUAGCUCACUUUUUAUUUACUUAUUUUCUAGAAUCUGACAACACCGCAAUUAUUGUUGGUAAGUAAUUACAGAGCAAGUUACUACAGUGUACAAUCGCUACUAUUGUACUUUUCAUGCCUUGUGAUGUUCAUUCUUUUUCAAAUAUGCUUAGGGUGCAAACUUUUCUCCAAGAUCUGCUGUUUAUUUAUUUAUUUGGUGAGGCCAGCUCUGCUUCCUCCACUGUCUUUGCUCCUGUAAUGUACAUAGCUGUCUCCAAAUUCAGCACAGACUUCCCCCAUGCUGUGACUUCUAAUGUUCUUGCACCUUCGUGUUACUGGUGCUUUAAAAAAAUCCUCAGGAGUAAGGGUGUCUUGAGCUCAAGCAUGCCAACUCCAGGGGGCCUAGUGUUGAGGUGGCUGUGUGUGUGAGACGCAUCGCAGGGCUAAUGGCCAGCUCCUUCAGAGUGCUUGGUCUCCUCUGCUGCACGUGCAUGACACGCAAUAUGUGUGACAUCACACGCAUGCUGGGCCCCCUCAGUCUUGGGGACAACCUGGUGACUCUGCUUCAGCUUCACAUACGGCUUGGAUUGGAGAGUUGCUCUUUGACUGUCAUUAGGGCCACUCAGUCUGCAGAGUUGACAUCUGUUAGGGGCAGGAAGAACUCUUUGCUGCAAUCAAUCUCUGAGGACAACGGCACAUCUGCCCCAAAAGGGGGUGACCACAGAUGUACAGUGGAUUUGCUGCUUGAGGUACGUAUGUGUCUAGAGACUUACAGUACCCAGCAGCACAUGAACUUAUCCACCUGAGUGACUUUAAUGUCAAUAGAGCAUUUCAAUGUAACAACCUGUCUUGUGACUUCUAUUGAUACUAUUGCUUUUCCUCAACAGAAAAAUAAUUACUUUGUCUUAUUAAUUAGUACUACGGUAUAUCAUUCUCUUUUUUCCCUUCAAGGAUGUAUCCUGGCUGUUUUAGUUGUGCUUGCUCUACUUGCUGUAUUUUGGAAAUACCGAUCUUCUGUGAAAACUGGGUGAGUCAGCCCAAGAGAAGCUGUCCCUGGUUCUCUGUAGCCUUCUUGGUUGCUGAGUGAGCUUCCAUACGCUUCUUGACUUCUACUUUGCUCACACUUUCCGCAUACAUGUGCUUAGUGUUCAGAAAGGGCUUGCACAUUUUUUGUUGAACAGUUGCACUAAUCUGCUAGAACAGAAUAAAAGCUAACUAAAGCACAGUAAUUAUUCUAGAAUGGCUAGUCAGUAUUUUAUCCCAUUUCCAGCAUUGGUGUUCAGAUGUGACAGAAAUGGUAUUUCUCAGUUUACAUCAGCUGUCUAUGCCAAUGCUGACUUCACAAUGACUAUUCUUUCCCUGAAAAUCUUGAAAUCUACUAUUAAAUAAAGUUAUAAAACAUUAUUGUCUCUUUUACAAAUGUGUACUUGCAGUCUGUGAUUUUUGCUUUCAGACAUAGUAAGAAAAUUGAUUUGUUGAACUGUCUAAAGGCAGUGAUGUUUUGUUUUGGUUUUUUCCCUAGAAGAAUCUAGGCCAGUGCUGUGCUGUAAUCUAAACCAACAAUUUGCAACAAUAACUUAUUCUGCACAUUUCUCUUGCAUGGCUUUUCUUUCUAUUUUUUUAUCCAGAGCUGGCCAUUUUUGUUGUAGCUUUGUAUGCAUGAUUUUACUGUUUUGAUAUGACGCAUAUAUUUUCCCAUAGUUUGUGAACACUAAUUAAGCUGUUUCCAUGAAUUAAUUCAGUAAUUAUUUACUCGUUAUCAAUAUUCAGUGCAAUGAUUUCUGUCACAGUUUGGUUACAUGUCUUUUAACACUUUUGUGGGAUUCAGAUUGGAUACCCAAAUCAUACUUAUUGUUUUGUCAGAGGCAAGAGUUUUGUUUGAUUCAGAGGCAAUAACAACCCCAGUGGAGAGAAGGGCAGGCUCUCUAAGAGGAAUCUGUUAGGAGUCACUAUUUUUCUAUAGUUAGGCUGUGUGUCUCCCAUAGGCCUGGGUGAUAUAUUGAUAUCAGGAGUGAACCAUAAUGUCACCUUCACUCAGCAGUAUAUCGCUUGUGAGACUGCCACCGCUCUUGAGUCCCUCUGCUAGCAGCACUGAAACCACCAUCCCACUCUGCCCUCAUAUGGUACAAAGGGAGAAACAAGCUGCAUAGUUCCUCCCUCUGCAUCUUUAAACUGCUCGGCUCAGGAGUGUGUGGCUGCCCUUGCCUCAGUUGAGCAGUUUGAUGGAGCAUCUGAUCCCACCAUUGGCUCACAUUAUCCAGUGGGGGUGGGGGCUCCGUGAAACUGCUUGGCAGCGGAGUGCAGUUGACGCUCCCCUCAGCUGAGCAGUUAAAGGAUCCCCCAGCCCAGCAUUGGCUCUUGCAAGCCAGCAACGUGGUGGGGGAUCCUUUAACUGCUCAGCUGUGGGACGCAUGGUUGGCUCCCCUUGGCUGAGGGGAGGUGGAAGAGAGGCUUCUUCCAUCCCGCAGCUGAGCAAAGCCCGAUGCUGCUGAGGGAUCGGUGGUCGCUCAGUUGGGGGGUGGGAGCCCUUCUGCCCCCAACUAAGCAGGGAGCGGAGGCCAGCUGCAUUGACCCCAGCCUGUAAGGCGCUAGGGUGAAAGGGCCUCAGCUCCUGCAGUGAGAACUGCUUCAGUUUCACCAUACGUCUCGCCGGCUGGGGCAGUGCAGCUUGUUUCAGCAUCGCAGUGUAUCACCAAACUGUGAUGUUUCCUGGUGAUGUGAGAUGCUGAAAACUUAACAUCAGCCAGCCCUAGUCUCCCACUCUUAUAUCUAUUGUGUUUAUAUAAUCUGCUUCACUUCUAAUAUCCUGCAGUUGCUAACAAUCAGUGCAUUACAUCUUUUUCUGUAGCUUCUGGAAUUGAUUUUCCUGCUCAAGAAGCAACAGCAUUGCUACAGCUUCAGUGUGACAGUUACUUGCAUUACUUUUAAAAAAUGAAUAACAUGAAGUGGAAUGCAGAUGUAUUUGUGUGUUGCUUUUCUCCUUCCUGACAGGAAAAGUAAACAAAAUGAUGUAAUGGUCAAAAUAUAGGUGUUAAUUUUAAAUAUUUUAUUUUAUUUUUACAGAGAACCUGAAGCUCCUGCUGGCCCUGCUGAAUUUGACGCGUCAGAAUUGGAACCCAAAGGUUCCAACUUGGAGUAG